AAUUAGAUUGAUUUACUUUUCUUUUUUCUUCUUUUAAUAAUUUAAUUGCUGGUGUUGUGCCGGCACCGCAUGGAGGCGGUCGCAGCGUCUGUGAAUAGAGCGACUGUGUCCAGUUCAGUUUCGUAACUGCUCAGCAGGCGCACUUUAGUUUCAGUUUCUCCACGGCGCUCCCCGGGACAUGGAGCGGACCGUGCGGCUGCUCGGGCUGGCUCUGCUCGGUCUGCUCGCUCUGCUGGCGGCCGUCAGCGGGGACCGGGUCUACUAUGUGGGGAUCAUUGAGGACUCCUGGGAUUACGCACCCAGUGGGAAGAACCUGCUCAGCGGCCGAGACAUCGAGGACGACCCUCAUGCCAGCGUGUUCCUCUCUCGGGAGGACAACCACAUCGGUAGAGUUUAUAAGAAGGCCAUGUUCCGACAGUACACAGACGGUUCCUACAGCCGCCUGGCUCCCCGGCCCGACUGGCUGGGCUUCCUGGGACCGAUCCUGCGUGCCGAGGUGGACGACGUCAUCGUGGUGCACCUGAAGAACUUUGCCAGCAGGAGCUACUCCAUCCAUCCCCACGGCGUCUUCUACGAGAAGAACUCAGAAGGGGCUCUCUAUCCAGACGGGACAUCAAAACGCUUGAAGCAGGACGACUCGGUUCCUCCAGGAGGAAACUACACGUACCGCUGGGUGGUCAAGCCAGAAUUUGCCCCCACAGACGACGACGCCAACUGCUUAACUUGGGUCUACCACUCCCACGUAGACGCACCCAAGGACAUCGCCUCGGGACUUAUUGGUGCACUUCUUACGUGCAAGAAAGGGAUCUUGAAGGAUACCAAUGAGCAAGCUUCCUCAAGUUCGGAUUCUGCCCGCAACGACGUGGACCAGGAUGUCUUUCUGAUGUUCACUGUGGUGGACGAAAACCUCAGCUGGUAUCUAGACGACAACAUUCAGACCUUAAAUGAUCCCAAUGGAGAUAAUGUAGAUUUCCCUGAGUUUGAGGAGUCAAACCAGAUGCACGCUAUUAAUGGCUUCACGUUUGGUAACCUGCCCGGAGUGGAGUUAUGCCAACACCGAGCGGUAUCCUGGCAUUUGUUCGGCAUGGGCAACGAGGUGGACAUUCACUCCGCCUUUUUCCAAGGGAACACUCUGCUGGACCGCGGCCACCGAACCGACACCCUCAGCCUGUUCCCGGCCACGUUCGCCACGGCCCAGAUGAUCCCCAAGAAGACGGGGAAGUGGCUGCUGAGCUGCCAGGUUAACGACCACAUGGAGGCUGGGAUGCAGGCCUUUUACACCGUGAAGAAGUGCAAACACGAGGCCGGUCCCACGGCCAAAAGUGGAGUUGUGAGGAAUUUCUACCUGGCGGCCGAAAAAGUCAAGUGGAACUACGCGUCCUCAGAAAAGGAUUUGAUGAGCAAUGUGCCUCUUCUUGAGCAAAGUGCAUCAGAGGUUUUUUUUGGGAAGAAUCGUGGCCGGAUCGGUGGGGUAUACAUGAAAGUGAUAUACCGAGAGUACACAGACGAAACUUUCUCCACUGCAAAAUCAACACCUGAGUCCAAACACUUGGGAAUCCUGGGUCCAGUCCUGCGGGCAGAGGAAGGAGACACUCUGAAAGUGACAUUCAUGAACAAGGCUGACAUGAACUACAGUAUCCAGCCCCACGGACUUCACUAUGACAAACAGUUCCAGGGAAGCAGCUAUGAAGAUGGUGUGCACAAGCCCGGCUCCCACGUUGGUCCAGGGGAGACUUUCAGCUACACCUGGCAGGUCCUGGAAGGCCCGUCUUCCUCCGACUCCCCCUGCAUCCCCUACCUGUACUACUCUGCCACGGAUCCCGUCCAAGACACCAACUCCGGGCUGGUGGGACCGCUGCUCGUCUGCAGGAGAGGAACGCUGGGGAACAACGGAAUCCAGACGGGUGUGGAUAAGGAGUUCUUCCUUCUUUUCUCUGUCAUGGAUGAAAAUCUAAGCUGGUAUUUGGAUGAGAAUAUUGAAAUGUUUGCCCCUGACAACCUGACGAGGACUGAUGAGGACUUUGAGGAGAGCAAUAAGAUGCAUGCUGUAAACGGGCUCAUGUACGGGAACCUUCAGGGGCUGGAGAUGUGUGCCGGGGACACGGUCAUGUGGUACACCUUUGGGCUGGGCACAGAGGCCGACAUCCACGGGGUUUAUUUCGAGGGGAAUACCUUCCAGAGACAGAGUACGACACGUGACACGGUCAGCCUGUUCCCUCACACCACGGCAGCCGCCGCCAUGCAGCCGCACAGUCCAGGCGUGUACGAGGUGAGCUGCCGGACGACGGACCACUACUCCGCCGGCAUGAGGCAACAUUACACGGUCAACUUGUGCCCGGACAAGAAAGUGAACCGCACGGACGCCGAGCCGGCAAACAUCGUCCAGUACUUCAUCAGCGCAGAGGAGGUGGAGUGGGAUUACUCCCCCGAGAGACGCUGGGAGCUGGAGAAGCACCACAGCCUGCCGGAGGACAGUCCGGGCGAGAUCUUUGUGGGCAGAGGCGGGACCAGGAUCGGCUCCCGCUAUAAGAAGGUGGUGUACAGAGAAUACACCGACGACUCCUUCACCCGGCAGAAGAAACGGCCGGCCCGCCAGCAGCACCUGGGCAUUCUGGGCCCGAUAAUCAAAGGAGAGGUGGGAGAGCAGAUCGUGAUCACGUUCAAGAACAAAGCCAGCCGGCCAUACUCGAUCAGCGCUCACGGAGUCCGAGCUAGUGGAGCUCACGUUCCUGCUCAACCCGGCAAGAUUAUUGAGCUGACGUGGGACGUUCCUGAGAGCUCGGGGCCGGGGGUCUCAGACCCCACCUGCAUCAGCUACGCCUAUCACUCCACCGUCCACUUCAUCAAGGAUCUGUACAGCGGCCUCCUGGGCCCGCUGGUCGUCUGCAGGCCGGGGACUCUGGGCCGGGGCCGGGGCCGGGGCCCCGACAGGCAGAGGACCGACAUCGAGCAGGAGUUUGCUCUGCUCUUCAUGGUGUUUAAUGAAAAUGAGUCGUGGUACUUGGACGACAACAUCAAAACAUAUCUGGGCAAAGACCCAGGAACCUUUGAGCCCGAUGACGACUUUGAGGAGAGCAACCUGAUGCACGGGAUCAACGGUAAACUGUACGGGAACCUGCACGGCCUGGUCAUGACACAAGGCCAGAAGGUGGACUGGUAUUUACUAGGGAUGGGGAACGAGGUGGACAUGCACACGGUCCACUUCCACGCCGAGACCUUCACAUACAAGACGGACCGGGUGCACCGCGCUGACGUGUUUGACCUCUUCCCCGGGACCUUCCAGACCGUGGAGAUGGUGGCGGGGAACCCGGGGACGUGGCUGCUCCACUGCCACGUGACCGACCACAUCCACGCCGGCAUGGAGACCACGUUCACCAUCCAAGAGAGUUCCUCACGAGCUACCUCCUUCAGUGCAGCAUCAGAGACGGGAGCGUCGGUACGGACGCUGCUUCUCUCCCUGGGGCUCGGCCUUCUCGCCGGACUCCUGCAGAGGAAUGUGUAACUGCAAAUUGGUCUGGAUCAAUAAAAAAGGGACAAAAACGCUGUGGAUAUGUGCUUUCCGUAUGCUGGAACUUGUGCGUGUAGAUAAAAGACAAAGAUAAGGCCAGUCAUUUCUCAGUCAUGAAGUGAUUCAUUUCCCAGAACAAAAAUCAAAGUUCUUCUGCUGUUUUCUGCCUUGUUGAACUGUGAUUAAAAUGGUUAGAUAAGAUUUUUUUUUUUUUAUCGACAUAAGAAUUGUUGUCCAAGUCACUCCAAGUUGGGUAUGAAUGUAUGUAUAAAUACAUUUAUACAACUGUU